AUGGCUCGUGCAGUUCCCCGUCGGCAGGUUAAGCCUGCUUCCGCACCGGCGACCAACCUCAUUAGCAAGUACGGUCGCGUUUCCAAGACACAGCCUGCUUCCGCGAACGAAUCUGUGAAGAAAGCCUUCUUCAUCGAGCUGCACAGCUCCCGCCCCGUCGAGACACAUCCCAAGAUCGAGUCCAGCCCCGAGAGGACCCUCUCCCCUCCUCCCACACCGAGCUCCUCUAGGAAGCGCAAAGCGAGAUCGAUAGAGGAGGACGCCCCUGCCAGGGAAACAAAAACAAACGUCCCGUUGCCCCAAAUUCUGAAGCGUCAGCGUCUCAUCAAGAAUGAGCCUGUCCCUGUCGAAGAGGAGCCGAGGUCCGCAACAACGACCCCUUCGCCUAAGGUCAUCCCAUCUACUAUUGUCGACAGCCGCAGAAGGAUACGCAAGUUGGACGUCAUCUCUCAAGCAAAGACCGAGGUCCGUAAGGCCAACCAAAGGGUCAAGCGGUCGAGGAAGGACAAUGCAUCCAUUGAGCCCGAGGCCAAAAAUGAAGCGGCCAGAAACCAACUGCCAGUCGAGCUCCUUGAUCUUCUGGACCUCCAACGGGCCAUUUUGAAAACAGUUUCUCUCCAGCUAGUCCACCAGAACAACAACGCACCUCUCGACAUCAGUAGUAUCACUCCCCACGUCGCUCGCACCUGGGGCAAGCGGAAGGUCACAGUCGACGACAUCCGGACAUGCAUUGCAAUUCAGGAUGCGAAGCCUGCUGGCCGGGAGCAUGAGUUUCUGGGUUCUCCAUUCAUUGUGACGGACUACGGUCGCGGCAAGCUCUGCCUCGAAAUGGACCUGACCAAGGGCGCCAGCCGCAUCGACGAUGACCAGCUCUGCCGCCAGUUCGAGGAGACCUUGCACAUCAUGUGCGCCGAACGAGCAACGGACGAGAUGUCGGAGCUCGACCUCUGCUUCGAAAACCUGACGUUCAAUGACCUCCCCAAGUCGGACAUAACCGUCCGCCACACGACCAUCUCGCAAAACCCUGUUUUCGCCAAAGGCCAGCGUGCCUUGAACGAACUCAAGAGUGGCAUCGCUCAGAAGAAGCAACAGAAGGAUGCCCAAGCCAUGGCCACAGAGUUCCCAGCACUAAAUCCCGACGGCACCAAGAUGAGCCUUCUUGACAGGUUGCGUGCCAAGGAAGAGGCCAAUGCCCACAUCCAGCAACCGACGGGCCCCGAGCUUGCGAGGAAGCGAGCGCUGGCACGUGUUGUCGACAUCGCCGCCAUCAUCUCGAUGCUCGUCUCUGCUUCGAAUUCGGCCGGCCAGCUGGUCAUGUCAUUCACAAUGCCUGCACUCCAGCAGAAGCUGAAGGAUUCCGUGCGGGUGCCCAUGCCCGUGGAGGAGGGCAUCCAGACGGUGCGCAUUCUCGCCAACGAGAUUGCGCCGGAGUGGCUAAGGGUCGCCAGCUUGGGUGGCAGGGAACACGUCGUCAUCCAGACGAGGCGGAAGCCGUAUGACGCGGAGAUCGCAACGCGGGUGAGCAGGCUCUCUGUAUAG